AAACUUGACAAAAGUGCUCGGAGAGGACCAUCCUGCCGCAGCACAGACAUCAUAUAUAGAAGAUCCACUGAGAAAUGAUUUCGAUGAAACCACUGCUCUCGUGGAAUGAGCUCCAAUUUCUAAGGGCGAAGCGAGUCCGCACGCCUCAUAGGCUAAAGAUAUAGUCUCCACCAACCAAUGGGACAUGCGCUGCUUUGUGACAGCACAGCCUCUAUUUUGUGUCCUAACAGACAACAGCUGGUAGGACUCACGCCAUGGAGCUGUUCGAUCAACAUAAGUCUUCAGCACUCUGACAGGGAAAAGACUCAGAUCUCCUAGCCCUGCCUCAGCAGGGAGUAAAGCUUCCAAGACCACUUGUUAAAGUGGAAGGGGUUCGAGGCGACCUUAGGGACAUAAUUAGGUCUCGGUUGCAGCAGUACUUCCACAAACCCUGGUGAAAAGUCCAUGCACGAGGGCCAAACAGAAGAGCCUGCAAAUCCCCAACUCUCAUGAGGGAGGAUAAAGCCACAAGAAGAACUGUCUUUAAAAAGACGUUUGUCAAAUCACUGGCAUUGAAGGCACAGCUGAUGAAGAGCCCAAAGAACAAUGUCAGAAAGAGAAGAACAAAAUGAAAAAGCCAAAUACUUUGAAAAUUAAAAACCUUAUGAAACACAGAAAGAAUUCAAAAUCUGAAGCUGCUCUCACCUCCGAAACACUGUUAGAGGUGGACCUUGAUGCCAUUGAAGGCAUAGCAUAUUCUCCUGGUGAUCCUCAAGUGGAAUGUCAGAAACAAAAAAACAUCGGAAAAAUAUCAGCAAAAAUCAAGAAAUGGCAGAGGAAUUCAAAAUCCCCUGAAACUCCAACAGAUAAUGCAGUGGAGUUAGAUUUCAAUGGGAACCUUGAGCAGAACCGUUUGGCUGAAGCACAGCAGCAGCUGUUGGAAGCGGAGGAAUGUCUCUUCAGUUCAAAAGAAGUGACCAGGGGAAAAGAUGAGGAAGACAAGCUGCAAAUGGACUAUGAGAUCUUUAUUUUGCGCCUGAGAUUGGUCAUCCAGGACUCUUUCAUUGAGGACAACCAGGAGACACUCAAGAGUGCUUUGAUUUCAAUAGUUAAAGAGGAGGCACAAGACAGACGCUGGGCAGAAGUGGCCGCGGAUCAGCGACCAAUAUGGAGGCCCACAAGGUGCAGACAGUUCCAUGACACAUUACUCCAGAUUAUCGUGGAGCAACGAAUGAAGAAUGCAGAUGAACAGAACAAUCUAGCAGACAACCUGUCUACCUCCUUGAAGAGAGAGGUGUUCCGACUGGGCAAACAAGUGCAGAAAGACCUGCUCAGAGUGGUCCGAAAUCUGAGAGAGUGUUACCCACCAGAUUUUGACAUCUGCCGAUUGUAUGCUCGGCUCUACCAUCAAGCCUUUUCCACCAGACUCCAAGAGUUUUCCAGAUCCAAUAUCAGUUCAGAGGAAUGCCUCUAUAUCUUGAGUUGGAUUGUGGAGUACUACCCAAAAGAUGUACUGAAGUAUAAAGAACUAGAGGAGCACAUCAACAGUUCAUCACUUGGACCUCUGUUACCUGAAGAGGAUCUUGAGAGAUUAGAGAAACAGUACUUCUCUUACAAAGAGAAUGAGAUCAGAAAGUGGUUAUCCAAUGCUUUUGAAAAAGAAGUGAAAAAAUGGAGUGAUGACAUCGAACCAGAGCUGAUGGAUGGAUACUACUUCAGUAACUUUGCUUUAGAUGUUUUACCACUUGUUGAUGGGGCUGUAAAAGAUGUCAACACACUUUUGAGCAGUGAAGAUAAAGCCUGGAGUCUUCUAAACCAGCUGGACAGCUUUUUUCUGAGCUAUAAGACAAGUCUGGAGAAACUUAUUAAAAGAAACCCAGAAAACAUUCCUAAAACUCUCAGUGCUAAUCUGGAUAAUAUUUACCAGUUUAGGGAUUAUGUACAAAAACCAGAGCAUCCUUUCUCAGAGGACACCAGAACAGCUUGCCUGUCCACAUUAGCAGAUCUCAAAAACAUUUGUCACAAAUACUUCCUCAGUCGAAUUCACACUGAGCUAAAGCCGCUGUACCAAAAACUGUGGACUAAAGUUUGGUUUGCUGGACAUUCUGAAGUUGUGGAGGAACUGGUGAAGGAGCUUGAGAAUUACAUAGAGAAUUUCAAAGAGCUAAAGCCCGUCUGCAGAGAGGAGCUACUGGCUGAGCUGCAUGUAGAAGUAAUGGUUGAGUAUGUGAGGCGAAUGAUGAAGAGAAAACUGAAACUGAAAGACAAAGAGCAACAAGAAGCAGCUGCUGAAUUCAUCUGCCACGACAGCAGUAAAAUCUGCUCUGUGUUUGCCAAAGUGGGAUCCAGACAGGAAUGGCUCAGUCAAAUACUGCACAAAUUAUCAGAGAUUCUGAAACUGCAGGAUCCUGGGAGUUUGCAAAUUGAGAUAGUUACUCUGGCAAGAGACUAUCCUGACAUUAGUGAGCAACAUGUUCUUGCUCUCCUAAACCUGAAGACCAACCUUUCAAGCUCAGAUCUGCGCAAGAUCAAAGGGUGUCUGAGUGAAAUCAGAGACACGCUGGACACAGAGUCCCCUACUUCCUUCUUUUCUAAAGUACUCGUCAAACGGAAAAUCAUCUAAAUGCCAUUAUAUCUAUAGCUAAUGUGUAACAACUGUGAUUCACACUGUAAUAGAUCAUCAGUAUUGUUAUGUAAUAUCGUGUUUAUUAUUAAGGAAACUCAUGAAAGUACUCGUCAUAUGGAAAGUCCUCUGAAUUCCGUUACUAUCAAUUGCCAGUGUUAAACAACUAUGAAGCAUGCAGUACUGUGAUAUAAAAUCAGUAUUAUCCAUCCAUUUUCCAUAUCCUCUGCAUGGUCAGGGUUGGAGUCUAUCCCAGCAGGGGAUGUUCAGUAUAAUCAGUAUUAUUUUACGUAAUAUUUAUUAUUACAAAAACAUAGUCAUAUGAUUGUUUCAGUUUGAUGUUAUACUGUUCUCCAAAAUUAAGGUCGAGGUCAAUGUAUUUUGACAGCUGUAUUUAAUCAAUUACUUUUUGGAAUAGGGCAAAACAUUGAAUUUGUGUAAAACCAGUUGAGAAAAUCUGUGAAAUCAAAUGUGAAAAGGUGUAUAUAUAUUUAUUCUAAUAUAAAGUGUUUUAGCUUUAUUUGAAUGCAUGUUCACAGUUCUGAAAAUAAAGACUUUUAUGUCAA